AAGUUUCCUUCCUUCCUCACCAUUUGGUCCCCAGAUCUUAUUAUCACUCCAAUUCAUUUCUCAAUCAAGCUAAACCCUAAAUCUAGCUCCCAACAAAAAAAAAAUCAAUUCCUCAAAUCAACCCGUAAUCGCCGUAGCCCAAAACGCGAAAAAUCGCCUCGAUAGGCUCUUGAUUUUGAGGAAGACACUUGAAUGGAUAAUAACAAUUGGAGGCCUUCUCUUCCAAAUGGAGAUCCUGCCAUGGAAACUGGUGACUGGAGAGCUCAACUUCCACCUGAUUCUCGCCAGAAGAUUGUGAACAAGAUAAUGGAAACACUAAAGAAGCACCUUCCAUAUUCUGGACCAGAAGGGAUAAAUGAGCUCAGGAGGAUUGCUGCCAGAUUCGAGGAGAAAAUUUUCAGCGGCGCUGUUAACCAGACUGAUUACCUU